UCUGCAUCAGUUACCAUCUCACUUGAUAUUCGUUAGCGUGGUAAGGAUUAUAAUUUGAUGUAUCGUUGUAUGUAAAAAUGGCCAGAAGCUAGCAGGCUACUUUUAUGGAGCGGUUUUUUUCUGAAGUGAACAAAUAAUAGAGUGAUAAUCAAUCGAAUUAUAAGGAUAACUAGCGUUUCGAUUGUUUAAAAUUAGAGUAAAAUUGAGUUAAAGUCGACUUGAUUCGCACUAAGUGAAAAAUGAAUAACCAAAAUGUUGAAUCUCAAAAUGCCGAAGGAAAGAUGUCGACGAGAAAAGAACCAACAAGCGCAAUGGACACGUACGAUUAUGGCAAUACUCAGUCCGACCAACUGUAUACAGAUGCGUUUUCUUCUAAUGACAACAGAUUUCAAUCAUUAAUCCACGAUGACUAUUACGCGACAAACACUGAUCCGCAGCCUCAGCAAAGUCAAAGUAACCCAGCUACUGCGUAUAGUCUCGAAUCAGAUGUAACAUUUGAACAAAGUGAGCAGCAAAAUACAUCCUUAAGCGAGAAUAGAUCAGUGAUAGCAGAGCUGCCAAAAGUACCUAUGGCUUUAAGGGACACUCGCAUACGUCGCCGACGAUCACAACAAAAUGCUAGGUCGACAGAACAGCAGUUGGCACAACUUAGCGAGUCUUCUUUUACAGUGACGCCUGCCGGUUACUCUAAUCCGACGUCAACGUAUAUCAAUAAUCCAUCAUACUCGGAAUCUCAAAAUUCGAAUUUGAACGGUACAAGCGCCACAGCUCUCGAUGAUUCGCAAGCUGAACAAACAAGUUUCACAUCAAAUAAUCGAUUAUCACAGACCGCCUCCAAUCCAGAUGUGAAGCAGCAAGCCGACAGUGAGCCAACCGAAAGCAUUAAUUCUGUAAUGGCACACCAAUGGCAGGAGCGUCGUGAAAGUCUGCCGACGAUGCCGCACGAUCCAACUUUUUAUUGCCAGUGGCAACUAAAUCCACCCGAGGCUGUUAACGUCGCUGACAUUCAGAAGCGGAAAUUAGAAUCUUUCGUGAGAAUGAGAAAAGAACAAACUCAUGCAGACAGCGAAAAUAGUAGAAGCUCGUCCCCGGACCAAAUGAGAAAGCAGAAAAAGAAAUUACAACCUCAGUCAUGUGAGUCCCAAGAGCAGCCGCAACUGCAGCCCCCACUGCAGCCCCCACUGCAGCCCCAACUACAGCCCCAACUGCAGCCCCAACUGCAGCCCCAACUGCAGCCCCAACUGCAGUCCCAAUAUCCCCAAUAUCAAAUGCAACAACAAAAUGCUUCGCAAUCGCCAAGACGCAAUCACCGCCGUAAGUCGCCACAGAUUACACCUCAGCAGUAUUCAAGUUCACCAAAUGGUUCGCCAUUUCAAUUCCCGAUCACACAGCAACUGCUCCCCUAUAUGCAAUCAGCAAUUGCUCAGCAAAUGCAGCAAGUUAGCCAAUCGAAUGAUAAUAAUUUAAAUUACAAUAUUUCAACAAUGCAGCAGCAGCUUAUGUUGCAGUCGCUGAAGCAACAGCAGUUACAGCAACAAUUAUAUCAGCAAUACUACAAUUCAACAGUAGGUGCAAAUUUGUUGGAACAAUUUCAACAACUCAAUCAGCAACAGUAUCAAGAAGGGCAAAAUACGAUGGCAAAUAUGCCAAAUUCAAAUAUUUCAUCCUCAACCGAAACGUCGUUUGUUAACCAUCAAUCAACUUCUCAACCCUCCAACCUUCCAGACAGAUUUAAUCAAAAUGCUGAACCCGGGGCAAGUUCUAGCGAUAGGUGGCUCAACAAUGCUUCAACUUCGAAUGGUGAAAGAAUGACAAGAAAUGAAGAAGAAUCAAGUAGCAAUAAUGUCGCCGGAUCCGUAUAUAGUGGAAAUGGAGCAUGGCAUAACAACUAUUCAAUGCUACAAAAAUGGCUACAAACGCUACAGCAUGAUAAUUCCAAAAAGUGAGGUGAAGUCUUGCGAUAUAGAAAUCCGGAGUAAGCUGUCAAUGCUUCAAUCUUUUAUUAAAGACUAAGACGAAAAUGCAAUCAGUAAGAUUUGCAAUUAUUCUAGUGACUAUGUUUAUUCAAUGUAAUUUGUUUUAAUUGAUUUCUAAACUCAAUUUUUAGAUAUGAAUUGUAUGCGAAAUCACGAUUUCCACUUUUAAUUGCAGAUUGUAAAUAGCGAAGAAAAUUUGUGUUUAGUCAACUAAAAUCAUCAGGCCAAUUGUUAUUUACCCAGCUAAAGUUGUGCCGACGAUGAAAAAUUGUUCCCGCGUUUAAAAUAAAGUGUUGUGAUCUUUUAGUUGCCGUCCAUCUUUUCAAUAUAAAAAAACAUUAAUUUCUUAUAUAUAUGUAAAGCUUUGCGAUCGUUACGUACAGCGAAUGAAACUUGUUGUAACAGAUAGAACAACAUAUUUAGCUCUGACAUUGGCUCUAGCGGCGCAGUUCUAAUUUCCAAUGUUAUGUGGAAAAGUUUAUUGUGGCAGUAAAUGGUUUGCGCGCGAAAUGCGAAACGCGGGUGUAGGCUGAAAGUUGAAAGGUUCGCUGUGACCGCGAAAGUCGUCGACGACGAUUCAGCCAACUCACUGUCGGCGUCUCUGUCUCGAAUCGAUCGGAGCUGUCGGGGUGGGCGAGCGAGUAGAGCGGGAAUAGCGAGAUGCUGCUGCCGGCGUCGCUCGUGCGGCUCGUGGGAGGCUCCGCUUCGCUCGCGACACAAGGAUUUACGAUCAACUGCCUGCUCGAAGCAUCAAUAAAGUCCCUUGCAUGUGCAGCAGCAGACAGCGCGACUGUACAAUUUUUCGCUGAAAGCGCGCGCGUGCACACACCCCGUUACGGACUUUAACUGCCGCUGUUAAUGUUCACGAUGCGAUAAGCUCGCGCGAGCACAGCCUGUUCUCGACUCUUCGUCGCUCUUAACUAUUCGCUGCUUACCACUGAUUUGUCGAUGCGGCUUCACUUAUUUACGCAUCGACGAUCCUCGGUCUCACUCGCGGCCAAUGCAAAAGCGGUCAAGGAUCUUGUGCUCGCGCUUCUCCUCGUCUCAUUUCAAAUUGAUCGCACACUGCUCGCUGCUGCCGCUGCUUCUUCGAUUUCACUCUUAUUCGAGCUGUCGUAUUAUUGAUAAAGCUACUGGGACAUCAAUUUUUAUUACAAACAAAUAGCUAAGCCUUCGCUAGCACGCAAACUUCAUGUUGUGGCCCAUAUUUUAUCAAUUUUUAUUUUCGCGCGGAUGUCGCUUUCUUUUUUCUAAAUAAACAGCUCAGCGAUAGACAUUCCAGGUGUUUCAAUUUUAUUCUCGAAAGCAACUUCAGGUAUUUGAUACAGCGAUCAAUUGAACCGUUGAUCUCGAUACGUACUGUUGAGUUCUCAUGACCUUUCGAUAAAUAGACGUACGUCUAAAUGUCAUGGUGGUAAAUUCCGAAUUAUUUCUUGAAGAGUUAAAUCGGAAACUGUAAUGAACAGUCGUUUGUAUUCAUUUGAGGAUAUCGUCAAUUAAAAGUAUUAAACGAUUAAAUUUGUUUGCU